GUGUAUGUCGACUACAGAGCAUAUGAACAGAGACUGGAGCUGUGGACUCACAGGUCUAUACUGAGACACUACUGACUACUGGAGUCGGUACUACAGGACUUCCAGACACACUACUGAAACUACUGGAGUGUUGAACUGAAUCUGAAACGGAACAGAAUCAUGUAUUGCACAUCCUAUCCUGUCUCUGCCGGGACCACCAGCAAUAACCUGAUGUAUUGCUACGUCAAAUCGGUUUACGAUCAAUCUCCAAGUCACCACGACCUCAACCCUGACUCCUCCUCACACCCCUCCUCCUGUGGCGAACAACAGGGCAUUAACAGUUCACCUGACAUGUGGAGCUCCAAUGGAAUGAACCAGGCUGGCUAUGGAGCAAUGGGAGGGGCUUCAGCCCACCAAUCAGGAAGCUACAGUAACCUGCAACCGUCACACAAUCACCUGGUCUAUUCUCCCCAUUCAGUCUCACCUGUAGAGGUGAACAGGGGUCUUCCUCCUAUGUCUACCUUCCACCGUAACAACCCUGCUUCAUCUCACUCCCUGUCAGCCAACAGCUCAGAGAACACAACAGGACACCCGUCUACAGGAUGGUCUCAGACCAGAGCAGCCCUGGGGAAAACACUGGCUUCUAUGUAUUCUCCUGACUACACGAGCAGCAGUGAAAACUCCUCCACACCAGAGAGGUCUCCAUCUCCACACACAGGGUCGGCAACGUGUCCCCCAGCUAACCAGGCCUCUCUCUCCUCCAGCUACCAGGCCUCCCCUAUAUCACUGUCUCAGUUGGAGAAUCGUCUAGACAGAUUGGAUGAUGUGAUCUAUGUGCUGCAUAACCAUGCGGCAGGACCCAUCCCCAGCCUGCCGUCUGACAUCCACAGCCUGUUGAACCAGGCUAACCAUGGACACAGAACCACCAUGGCACAUGACACAGCCAUGGUAGAGGCUGGCAAUCUGAACAACAACAACCACCACCCUGUGUUGCAGAGCCGUUCACAGAACAACCAAGGCCACUCCUUCCCAGCGGGUCUUCCUGCAGGACUUGGUGGCUUGGAGCUGAAGUUGGAGGGUCUGGAGAAAGAUGAGCAGUAUGAGCUACAUCACAGCCAUCACUAUCAGGGUCACAGACACAGCCACAGCUCUGACAGCCACAGCCAGCGCUCCGACGAGGAGAGCGUGUCACACAAGACGCAAGGAGACAGCAUGACCAGCAGCAUCCAUGAGGAAGAGGACAACCUGAGCCCUGAGCAGAAGGCUGAGCGGGAGCGGGAACGACGGAUGGCCAACAACGCCCGCGAGCGCCUUCGUGUCCGUGACAUCAACGAGUCCUUCAAAGAGCUGGGUCACAUGACCCAGCUGCACCUGAAGAGCGAGAAGCCCCAGACCAAGCUGCUUGUUUUACACCAGGCCGUGGCUGUAAUACUUAGUCUAGAACAACAAGUCAGAGAGCGUAACCUGAACCCUAAGACAGCCUGUCUGAGGAGGAAGGAGCAGGUGAAGAUGUCAGCUGGGUUAACAGAUGCCCAGGGCCUGCAGCAACACCAGGCAUCACCACAUCCUGGACUAGACACUGCUAACUCCAUGGGACAUCAUGCCUAAACAUCUAAAACAGAUGAAGUGUGGAAAAGGAUCAUCCUGAGAUGGUGAAAGACUAUCCAAUGACAUUCAGUGUUAUCUCUGGGACCCAGUAGCGAAGAAACAGAAGGAUUUUCGUUGGGGGGGGCAACCUAAAGUGUUACAGCAGCUAAUUAAUCACGACAGUAGUGACAAUUUCCUCCUGAUCGACUUUCACUUGUGCCUAAACUUACUUGUAACCAGCAAAUGUUUUGUACAAAAUGUUUUUUUAUAUUCGUUAGUACAGUGAAUGAAAAAUGUACAAUGAAAACAAAACCACAACAGUGUCCUGUUUAAAACAAUGUUUAUUUCAUCACUUUGUAUCCUCUGUCAGUGUUGUCCUCUUAAAAGGCUCUGCAUGGUCAAUCCAACAUCUAGCAGUGGCCGUACAGCAUUAAAUAAAUUGGUCCGAACCGCACAACUCCCAGUGAUUCAGGGAUAAUCUCUAUAGCCAUCCAGCUAAUUUACGAGCAACUGGCUAAAUGAAAAGACAAGAUCUUAUCUCUACUGAGAUGUCGGAGUCUGUUUCCCGGUGCUUGACAUAGGAGCUCAGCCAAAACACCCCCCCCCCCCCCCCCCAGCAAAAUUAGUCUACAUUUAAGGCUAUUGUUUAUUUGUGUAUUUCACACUACGUUGAAGUAAAAAUGCUUGUAUGGAUGUCAACCCCAAUACAUGUUCAUGUCAUCAAUCAACUGCAUUACAGGUAAAAACGACUACCACCUCUGAUUUCUGUAUGCUAGUGUGUGUGUGUGCCAAUCCAGCGUCCUUCUAUCCCCCACGGUCUUCAUUCCAUUGACCUCUUCACCCUUCUAUCCCCAUUACCUCCUGAUCUCUUUCCAGGAGUUCAAACUAAUGUUUGUGUCUUAGAAAUCCCUAGACGAGGUAUCAUAAAUAUGUUUUUUAUUUGUGAACUUGUUCUGAUAGCCUGUCGUCAAAGUUCUACAUUUUCGUUGUCAAGGAAGUUGUCAAGGAAGUUAAUUUGUGUUUAUACAGGAUGUACCUCCCCACCUACCGUCAACCAAUCAUGUCAAUCCGGAGCUAUAUGGAGCUAUACGGAUCCCUUCGCAUUGUUACGAAUUUGGGAGGCGCACGGCAUCGCCAUACGGAGCUCGAUUUGGCCUCAUCGAUCCUCCAGAGGCACUGCAGAUCAAGCUUAAAUUGGCUUUAAGCUGAAACAAGGCUUAAAACUAAUUUAUGCUUGCUCCAGCA